AUGGUGAUGGCAGAAUGGAGUGCGGUUGAGGAGGUAAGCGUUCAAGUCGACCGUGAGACGGUGGGCGUAGCCUACCAUUGCUGGCCGUCGCCAUUCGACCAAUCAGCGAUCGACGACGCUCGUCAAGAUAAACGUGCAUCAUUUCACGAAAUGACAAAUCGUAUGAUGGACGAGAUUUGCGUCGUAGCGAUCGGUCUGAGAUUUACUACCGACUAUCGCGCUGUGAUGGAAAUUUCGAAUCGGACGAAAAAUCGCGACGACAAACAGCUCGUCGAUGAACAACGUACAAACGGACUAAAUUCAUAUCCAGCAUUUACACCUCCAGCUUUUAAUCUACUUCUAGUGAUUUUCUGGGAUAUUCAAAGGAAGUGCAACGCAUCUGAUGCAUCUGGUACGAUGCGUUCUUACCCACAGUACCAAAUCGAUGUAGUUUCCUUAGCAGACCUGACAACAGCUUUUUUCCAGAUUCUCGUUUCGAUUACGGUACAGUUUGGUGGAAUGAACACAUGUGAUCUGAUCAUGAUAGUACUUUGGUAG